UCGGUCAUCUCUACUCUCCACUCCAGAACCACCUUAGGACGAAACGGUGCGUUUGGAGGGAGCACACGUUCGCUUGAUGAUAAACCCCCUUGGCCUCUCGGAAUGUUUCCGGUUUGGUACAGUAGACAGGGAGAGCGAACGAAAAUGGCAUUGGCUUCAUCGUCUGUGAAGGUUUUUGCUGCUCCAAAGAGUUGGCCAUCUUCAAGCAUUGAGCGGGUCUUCUUGGGAUCUCCCAGGCCAUCCAGUCUCUUUCUGCCACGUCACGCUCCUGCUACCUCUAUCCUCUCUUUCUCUCGCCGUCCACACCAAAACUCUGCAAUCUCUUCUUCAAAGAAAAAGAAGAAAAGUUCGUCUUUUGAGGAUAUAAAGCAGGAGGAAGAUGAUAUGGAUGACGAUGCCUUUGAGGCACUCUUCAGCAUGCUGGAAGAAGACCUUAAAAAAGAUGGGUCAUCCAUUGAUGAUGAUGAUGGUGAUGAUAUAAGUGAAGCAGAUUUUGAUAAACUUCAACGUGCAUUGGAGGAGGCAUUGGGAAUUGCUGAUGAUGACGAUGUUGAAAUACUUAGCUCCACUGGAGAUGAUGUUGAAGGUGCUAAUGCUAUCGAAGAAGAAGAUGAUGAUGAAGAGGAGGAGGAAAGACCAGUAAAGCUUAAGAAUUGGCAGCUUCGAAGGCUGGCUCGUGCUUUAAAAAAUGGACGCCGUAAAACUAGUAUCAAAAGCCUUGCUGCUGAACUUUGUCUUGAUAGGGCCAUUGUUCUUGAGUUGCUCCGUGACCCCCCUCCAAAUCUUGUAAUGAUGAGUGCUGCUUUACCUGAUGAACCGGCAUCAACAUCCUCAUUGCCAGAAAGCAAACCGAUUGAAAUCAUUCCUGCAGAAUCAGUGAGCGUGGAUGAUGUGAAAUCUAAGAGUGAGAAAGGAGUGCCCGUUCAUGUUUUGAGGCACAGAUGGUCUGCUCAGAAGAGACUGAAGAAAGUCCACGUUGAAACCCUUGAAAGAGUAUAUAAAAGAACAAGGAGACCUACUAAUGCAAUGAUUAGCAGCAUUGUGCAAGUGACGAAUCUGCCUCGCAAAAGAGUGGUGAAAUGGUUUGAAGAUAAACGCAAUGAAGAUGGGAUUCCUGAACACCGUGUCCCGUAUCAAAGGAAUAGUAAGCCAAUGGAAGCCCCUUGAAUAACUAUGCCGGCAAAGAAGCCUUUUAGUGGGUAAAGAUGAAACCGUGAAACUCACCUGAUCCUGAAACACCAAGAUUGAAGAUGACUUUGGGUUUGGCUUGGAGGUCGACAACUCGCCAUUCCACCCAUUUGCAUGUGGUUGUUUUUUUUAUGAUAACAAGCUUGGAAGAAUGUCCGAGUUCACUACAAUUCCAUAUAUGGGAAAUAGCUCUGGUCUAUAACUGGUAUUCCAAGCAUAAUUUAGCUCAACUAACUUUAGCUUUGUAGAAUGAAAAUACAUAAUGAAUGCCAAUUUUUGGAUUUAGUAGCAUAUUGUCAUGUAUUUUAUGUAGUAAACAAUUGUUUUUGACUGUUACUA